GUAGUGCGUGAGGCGCUCCGCUCCCAUUUGCAGCGGUCGCGGGGCGCCGAGGGCAGCGGCCGCGGCGCUGACUAGCCGGGCCGGCGGGCGACCGGCGCCUGAGAGGCGGGCCGCAGCGGGAAGCAGCGGGCCCGAGGCCGCGUCCAUGGGCCCGCGGCGGCCGGGCGGCGGCGGUGCGGGCGGGAGCGGGGCGUCGCGCGCGCUGUGAGGCCCGGGCGGCGCAGGAGCCUCGGCGCGUGCAGCGAGCCGCCGGCCGGGGAGGAGGCCGGGCCGGGCCUGCGGCGGGGCCGGCGAGGGAUGCGGCGGCGGCCGCGCUGAUCCCCGAGCCCGCCGGGAGCGCCAGGCCGGCCGGGCCUGCGCCUCCGCCGCCGCCGCCGCCGCGCCGACCAUGUCGGCAGCCAAGGAGAACCCGUGCAGGAAAUUCCAGGCCAACAUCUUCAACAAGAGCAAGUGUCAGAACUGCUUCAAGCCCCGCGAGUCGCAUCUGCUCAACGACGAGGACCUGACGCAGGCAAAGCCCAUUUAUGGUGGUUGGCUGCUCCUGGCUCCAGAUGGGACUGACUUUGACAACCCGGUGCACCGGUCUCGGAAAUGGCAGCGACGGUUCUUCAUCCUUUACGAGCACGGCCUUUUGCGCUACGCCCUGGAUGAGAUGCCAACGACUCUGCCUCAGGGCACCAUCAACAUGAACCAGUGCACAGACGUGGUGGAUGGGGAGGGCCGCACGGGCCAGAAGUUCUCCCUGUGUAUUCUGACGCCUGAGAAGGAGCAUUUCAUCCGGGCAGAGACCAAGGAGAUUGUCAGUGGGUGGCUGGAGAUGCUCAUGGUCUAUCCCCGGACCAACAAGCAAAACCAGAAGAAGAAACGGAAAGUGGAGCCUCCCACACCACAGGAGCCUGGGCCUGCCAAGGUGGCUGUCACCAGCAGCAGCAGCAGCAGCAGCAACAGCAGCAGCAGCAGCAGCAUCCCCAGUGCUGAGAAAGUCCCCACCACCAAGUCCACACUCUGGCAGGAAGAAAUGAGGGCUAAGGACCAGCCAGAUGGCAGCAACCUGAGUCCAGCUCAGAGUCCCAGCCAGAGCCAGCCUACUGCUGCCAGCUCCCUGCGGGAACCUGGGCUGGAGAGCAAAGAAGAGGAAAGCGCCAUGAGUAGCGACCGCAUGGACUGUGGCCGCAAAGUCCGGGUGGAGAGCGGCUACUUCUCCCUGGAGAAGACCAAACAGGACUUGAAGGCCGAGGAGCAGCAGCUGCCCCCGCCGCUCUCCCCUCCCAGCCCCAGCACCCCCAACCACAGGAGGUCCCAGGUGAUUGAAAAGUUUGAGGCCUUGGACAUUGAGAAGGCAGAGCACAUGGAGACCAAUGCAGUGGGGCCCUCGCCAUCCAGCGACACACGCCAGGGCCGCAGCGAGAAGAGGGCGUUCCCUAGGAAGCGGGACUUCACCAAUGAAGCCCCCCCAGCUCCUCUCCCAGACGCCUCGGCUUCCCCCCUGUCUCCACACCGAAGAGCCAAGUCACUGGACAGGAGGUCCACGGAGCCCUCCGUGACGCCCGACCUGCUGAAUUUCAAGAAAGGCUGGCUGACUAAGCAGUAUGAGGAUGGCCAGUGGAAGAAACACUGGUUUGUCCUGGCCGAUCAAAGCCUGAGAUACUACAGGGAUUCGGUGGCUGAGGAGGCAGCCGACUUGGAUGGGGAAAUUGACUUGUCUACAUGUUACGAUGUCACAGAGUAUCCAGUUCAGAGAAACUAUGGCUUCCAGAUCCAUACAAAGGAGGGCGAGUUUACCCUGUCAGCCAUGACGUCUGGGAUUCGGCGGAACUGGAUCCAGACCAUCAUGAAACACGUGCACCCGACCACUGCCCCGGAUGUGACGAGCUCGUUGCCAGAGGAAAAAAACAAGAGCAGCUCCUCUUUUGAGACAUGCCCAAGGCCUACUGAGAAGCAAGAGGCAGAGCUGGGGGAGCCGGACCCUGAGCAGAAGAGGAGCCGCGCACGGGAGCGGAGGCGAGAGGGCCGCUCCAAGACCUUUGACUGGGCUGAGUUCCGUCCCAUCCAGCAGGCCCUGGCUCAGGAGCGGGUGGGUGGCGCAGGGCCCACUGACACCCAUGAGCCCUUGCGCCCUGAGGCGGAGCCUGGGGAGCUGGAGCGGGAGCGUGCACGGAGGCGGGAGGAGCGCCGCAAGCGCUUCGGGAUGCUCGAUGCCACAGACGGGCCAGGCACUGAGGAUGCAGCCCUGCGCAUGGAGGUGGACCGGAGCCCAGGGCUGCCUGUGAGUGACCUCAAGACGCAUAACGUCCAUGUGGAGAUCGAGCAGCGGUGGCAUCAGGUGGAGACCACACCUCUCCGGGAAGAGAAGCAGGUGCCCAUCGCUCCUGUCCACCUGUCUUCUGAAGAUGGGAGUGACCGGCUCUCCACACACGAGCUGACCUCUCUGCUGGAGAAGGAGCUGGAGCAGAGCCAGAAGGAGGCCUCAGACCUUCUGGAGCAGAACCGGCUCCUGCAGGACCAGCUGAGGGUGGCCCUGGGCCGGGAGCAGAGCGCCCGUGAGGGCUACGUGCUGCAGGCCACGUGCGAGCGAGGGUUUGCAGCAAUGGAAGAAACGCACCAGAAGAAGAUUGAAGAUCUGCAGAGGCAGCACCAGCGGGAGCUAGAGAAGCUUCGGGAGGAGAAAGACCGCCUCCUGGCCGAGGAGACAGCAGCCACCAUCUCAGCCAUCGAAGCCAUGAAGAAUGCCCACCGGGAGGAGAUGGAGCGGGAGCUGGAGAAGAGCCAGCGGUCCCAGAUCAGCAGUGUCAACUCGGACGUUGAGGCUCUGCGGCGCCAGUACCUGGAGGAGCUGCAGUCGGUGCAGCGGGAACUGGAGGUCCUCUCGGAGCAGUACUCGCAGAAGUGCCUGGAGAAUGCCCACCUGGCCCAGGCGCUGGAGGCCGAGCGGCAGGCCCUGCGGCAGUGCCAGCGUGAGAACCAGGAGCUCAAUGCCCACAACCAGGAGCUGAACAACCGCCUGGCUGCAGAGAUCACACGGUUACGGACGCUGCUGACUGGGGACGGCGGUGGGGAGGCCACUGGGUCACCCCUUGCACAGGGCAAGGAUGCCUAUGAACUAGAGGUCUUAUUGCGGGUAAAGGAAUCAGAAAUACAGUACCUGAAACAGGAAAUUAGCUCCCUCAAGGAUGAGCUGCAGACGGCACUGCGGGACAAGAAGUACGCAAGUGACAAGUACAAAGACAUCUACACAGAGCUCAGCAUCGCGAAAGCUAAAGCUGACUGUGACAUCAGCAGGUUGAAGGAGCAGCUCAAGGCUGCAACGGAAGCGCUGGGGGAAAAGUCCCCUGACAGUGCCACGGUGUCCGGAUACGAUAUAAUGAAAUCUAAAAGCAACCCUGACUUCUUGAAGAAAGACAGAUCCUGUGUCACCCGGCAACUCAGAAACAUCAGGUCCAAGAGUCUGAAGGAAGGCCUGACGGUGCAAGAACGGUUGAAGCUCUUUGAAUCCAGGGACUUGAAGAAAGACUAGCUGUGUCCCAUCCAAGUUGAGCACGCGCCUUCCCCAGCUUGCAGCAGCACACCCUGAGCGCUGCUUUUCACCUGUACCUUUGUUUUAUUAUUAUUAUUGCUGUUGUUGUCAUCGUUAACUGUGGGCAUGGAAUGUGUGAGGCUGGCUUCUGGGUUGUCCACACCACUCUCUGCUGUGUUGACUUCCUAUUGUCUUCAUCAAAGCUCUUUUCCGUGGUAUUCUAAAAUUAGGCCAGCAGUGGGGACUGGGAGGGCAUCUGUGUUAGUCCCUUCCUGGCUGUGACCCGCUGCACUCACUGUCAGUAUUAAGGCCCAGCAGCCUGUUGAUAAGCUACCCUGUCUCACCACGCACUGGUGUGGAAACAGGGCCCAGCCAGCACGCCUCAAGGUAGAUGGAAUCCCCACUGGUCAGAGAAAAAGCCAUGCGGACACUCCAGCUUUUGGCCUGGGUCACAGCACUGACUCCUCACCCGCUAGUCUGGCUGUUAAGAGGAGAAGGUGCGCUGCCUUCCAGCCUGGGAGGAAGACAGCAUUUUGUAUCUGUUCCACUGAUGCCGCUUAGAACCACACCCCUGAGAAUCGUGGCAAACCUUUCACAACCUGGAAAAUGUUGAAAGCAACCAUUCCUAUUUUUGUUUGUUUUUUAUUAAAUCUUGCACAAAACCCCCGGCCCCUCUCCUUCCUUCCUUCCUUCCUCUGCUCGUUCCUCUGCUCGUUUCUCCAGUAACCCUGGUCUUUUCAUAACUACUCGAGAUUGUUGACCUGCAGCCCAGGUUUCAGACUCUGAUUGCAAAAAAAUGAAUUCCCUCCAGGAAUCAUUCAAAGCGGGGGAAGGUUUGGGGGGUUUGGGUUUUUUUAACUUUUGGAGAAGAAACCAUCACAUUGCUUUGGAAAAGGUUGAGAGGAGACCCCUGUUAAGUCAAGAAGAAAGUACAGAGGAUGUCAGAAUCUGAUGAGAACAGCACAUUAGUGUGUAUUCAGACUCUGAUCUUAACUCUCAUUUAAUUAAUCUGCGCUCUGGAAACCUAUCUUGCAACAUUUACUUUUAAAAGAGCCUGGUUAAAGUAAACGUAUACUACCAGUUUUGCUUUUUCUGACAGUUUGAGGAAGACCUUUUUAACUACCACAAAACAUUCUACAACAAUUCUUGAAAAUCUCCUAAAUUGGAGUCUCUAUUAUGGCCCCAUGAAAAGCAUUAAUUCCAUUAAGAUAAGGAGUAUAAACCCCUGGCUGGUGGAAUAGGUUCUGCUACUUUAGGAGCAAGGUGGGGUGUGAGCAGAUGGUUUUCAUGCCAAGAACAUGCUUUCACUUUGUAUUCAUGCUUGAGUUGGUGUGAUGGUCUCUGUGGGUGCGUGGAUGCUUUGGGCGUAGAAAUCUAGAAAUCCUGUUGCUCAGUUUCUAGACGAAGUCAUGAGCAUGGCCAUCUGUGGAGCUCUGGCCCUGCCCCCAAUGUGCAAAAAGGCUGGGAGAAAGGCCUGGAGUUUUCAUGUGUUUUAAGACCCAGAUUUAGGUGCUCUCUUCUCACUGGAAUAACUAAGUGCUCUCCACUGGCAUCGAGCCCUUUCCACAGUUUUUAAGGCUCUUAACCCACACUUUCACUCCUCUGCUACUAGUCUUCAGUAUUGUUAACAGCAAGAGAAAAUUGGGUUUGUUUUAAAAUCUACUUCUCUGAGGUGGCACAGUUGCACAGCUGUAGCCCCAGCUACUCAGGAGGCUGAGGUAGGAGGAUCGCUUCAGUCCAGAAGGUUGAAGCUGCAAUUAGUCAUGAUCGUGUCACUGCACUCCAGCCUGGGCAACAGAGCAAGGCCCCAUAUCAAAUAUAGAUAGACUUAUCAGACCCCCCUGACCAUUUAGCAGUGCUUUGAGAAAUGCACUAUGACCUUUCUGUGUCAAUGGGAAUAUACAGAAGGAACGUUCAGGACCCCACUGUCCCCCACAGCCCCAUUGUUGUCUCCAGCACACUGCUGGGACACAACGAAUGCUCCAGGACGGACAGGGACCUGAUGUGCGUCAGGAUCUGACCAGACAGGAGUUUCUGCCUGUUAUCUGGGUGCUACGAUUUCGUACCAUUCUCUGAGGUCCACCACCUGCCUUGCCUGGCAUGGUUUCCUUCGUGAUCAUCCCUGCUGCCCCUGGGGACAGACCCACUGGCCCUUCUGCAGACAGCUUCCUGCCUUCUGCUCUCCAGGGGGUUCUGGGCAGAGUCCAUGCUUGGAGACAGGAUCUGUCUGCCUUCAGCCCUCACAGUACUUUAAAUUAAAGCAAGUUUGCCCAUAGUUCAAAAGAGCAUUUGAUUCACUUUUUUCCAUCACGUAUCCCUUGAGGCUGGACUUCAGGAAUCCUAGAAAAUUAAUAGGACUGCAGUAUGUAAGGGGUCAGAGACAGGCCAGCUGGGCAUCUGCAUUCCUCCCUGCCACAGGCCUCUCUCCCAGGGCUGGUUUAGUGUAGGGUAUUGCCAGGAAACGGACUGAGGCUGCUUUGCUAAGAGCUCCUGAAAAUGCCCUGGGCCUGCCCUGGCGUUUCUGAAGAGCCCUCACAAGGGACAGCCACCAUGUGAGUCAGGGAAGUCUGGGUUCCCUGCUGGUGGGCUCCAUCCUGCGAUGGAGUGAACCAGGCAAGAAAGGAUGACGAUGUUCUUCGUGUUCCACCUAGACAUGCCCCAGGAACCAGAGACUUGCCCAGAUGGCAACACUGGCACAGAUGUUGACGGCUGCCCAACUGGUGCCACACUGAGCAGGGAGCAUUGUGCUGCACAUGGCUGGGCCCUCUCUCCAGUUUCCUUCCUGCAGGCAUCCGAAUACCCUGGAAAGGAUUUAGCCCCUGAAUUCCAGAGAGAAGAAAGAACAGUGAAGAAGUAGAACUGGUUUCUGUGUAGGGAGAGGAAAGUCUUAGUGGCAGCUGCGGGCAGGGUCUCAGGCUGCUCCUUGGCACCACCCACACAAUAGUGAGCUUUCCCAGCUUUACCGAUGAGGAAGAUGUUCAAAUAGAUAAGACUUCAGCAUUUGAAUUAUUUUCCUAUAAAUGUAUUUAUGUGUAGUAUGCUAGCACCAGCCGGUAAGCUGUGCCCCACAUAGGAAUGGGAAAGCGAGGCUUGUGUGAGUUUUUGCGGGCAUGUGCGUAAUUACCUUGUGUGCACACCUGCACGUGCAGAAUCGUCACUUUCUGCUGGUCAGUUUCUUUAUCCACACAUGGUGCCCCAGCCCCAAGCAGGUGUGGAGACCAGCGUUUCAGAGGACGCACUGUCCACAGCCUCCCAGGUCCGAGUGGAUCAUUGGGCAGGGGUGGAGGCGGACAGUGCGCUGCCCUGUGAGCUGGAAGCCUGUGCUUCAGGGAGUCAUAAUGGGCCUGUGCUAAGUGGGUGAUGCGGUGAGCAUCCCAGGGUGACUAGAGAUAGCAGCAUCACGAACUUGUGGGUUUAUUGAACAAGAGGUAACAUCAGAGAGGAUCUUGCCUUCAGAUUCAGCAAGUAUGAAGGCAGAAGAGCAUGGAGAGCAAGGCCCCACAGCCUGCUUAGUGAUGUGGAAGGCCCAGAAGAACCUGUUUCUGCAGCAGCCAGCAGCUCCUGUCACUCUCUGACCCUCCAGCUCAUGCAGCCAUACAGGGAGAAGAGGGAAUUUCGGCUGUUUAAAGAACACAGUUGUGAAUCUCAGAAUGUGCCUGAAAGGAAUAAUGACAGAUAAGGCCGGAAACAAAACUGAUGGCUUGAAAAACAUUUUUAUGGAAUGUGUUUACUACCAUUUGUUUUACUACAGAGGUAGAUGGGACUCUUAACUUUUGGGUACUUGGAAACAUGCUGAGAAUUGAACACAAUCCUGAUCAUCACUCCUGCCUGGCCGUCUCCUGGGAGGCUGCCGGGUGUCACGGAGCUGGAACACACCAGAGCCCGCUAGGUGUUUGCAGGGCCCUGGAGGCCAAGGCCACCCUGUGUGGGGUCCCUGUCGGCAGCCAGGUCCCUACACAAACAAGUAAUCCUGUUUGGCCUACUUGGCUUUGAACAUGACCUGCAGCCUAAUUUGGGGUUAGGGGAAGCUCUGCUGUCCCCUGCUCCUUUGUAUGUUGGGUGACUUCAGUGGCUGGCCACAUACCCAUUUCUCCCAGCUACUCAUUGACGGACUUGCCUAAGUUCUAAGACAGUUGCACUUAGAAAAGAAUGCAACACAUCAACAUUUACUGUUCCUGAAAAAAAAGUUUGCUCAACAUGGUCCUAAAGAAGCUUGGAAUUUCUAAGACCUUCCUUUAUAAAAUAUAGUGUUUUUGGGGGAGUUGUUGUUUGUUUUUUGCUUUUUUUUGUUGGUUUGUUUUUUGUUUUGAGACAGAGUCUUGCUCUGUUGCCCAGGCUGGAGUGUGGUGGCGCAAUCUCGGCUCACUGCAACCUCUGCCUCCUGGGUUCACGCCAUUCUCCUGCCUCAGCCUCCUGAGUAGCUGAGACUACAGGCGCCCGCCACCACGCCUGGCUAAUUUUUUUUGUAUUUUUAAUAGAGAUGGGGUUUCACCAUGUUGGCCAGGAUGGGCUCGAUCUCCUGACCUCGUGAUCCGCCCGCCUCAGCCUCCCAAAGUGCUGCUAUGAUUGCAGGUAUGAGCCACUGUGCCCGGCCUAUAAGAUAGAGUUUUUUUAAAAAAAACUUGUGACCCCAUUGUCACUAAGGGAGAAAGAAAUUAAGUAUUGUCAAAGUUUUAUAAAGAAUGGAAAUGUAUGACAUUAUACUUCGAAGGAAUUUGAUGUUGAAAUUUUAAAGAAAAUUUGUCAUGUUGAUGAGAAAGCUUCACUUUUCCUGGGAACGUCAUUCAUUUUAGGGUGUGAGAUGAAAAUCCUGGCUAGGGGAGUCACAGGUCUGAUGUACAAGGAAUUUGCUUUCUAAACAGGUUGUAACUUGCCCUAAGUCCAUGUUGGAGCACUAAGAGGUGACACAGGCCAGAGAUGUUUCGUUUCCCCUUUCCUGCAAGCUGGCAUCAGCCCUGUGUUUUCUCCUUUCAGCUGAAAUAAGCGAAAGUUCUCGGUGCGGGCAAAACAGCCCCAUUUCUGAAUGGAUUUGGGAAGAAAGCUGCUGGUAACUUGCUUAUUAAAAAGCUCCUUAGAAUUAAGGCAUCUACACACUGUUUUCCCACCUUUCAUCUUCUGGGCUUUCCUGCCAUCCAGCAUUCUUCUGAAGAGAGGUUCCUAACCCACUCAGUGCGAGUGUCUCCCGUGGGUAAAUACUCAGCAACUGAACGUGGGUUUUCCACGCACUUCAGGCUUGGAGGUUGGCCAUGUACAAGCACACUCCUUCCCUUCCCAGGCCUCUCCAUGCCACCAAUCACUUUAAAGAUGUAAACUCAGUAGAUUUCUCAUCCCAUAAAAGGUCAUCUUCACAUCGAAAGGUGAAGGCCACCACUGUUCUCAAUGCCAAGCGACAGAGCGUUCUGAGAUGGGCGUUCUUCCUUGCACAGCAGCUAUGGCAGGUUGUUCUGCAGCCACCCCUUAGAGGGGGCUGUUCCUUGUACCCUUGUACAGUUCUCAUGUUUACACACUUGGGCCGAACAGUUUUCAGCAAGGGUGUGUGUCCACAACCGAUGGCAGUAAGAACCAAGCUGAGCUGUAGGCUCUUUAAAAGGAAAGCCUGGCAUAAACCCAGUAUGGAAAGGAACAUUACCAAUUCUCUCAAAUUUUGUCUGCCAGGGACAAGACCCGUUCAUUCUCUUGCUCUUUUCAGAACUGUGAGCUUCAAGUAUUCUUGCUUCUCUGUAAAGAGAAGACAUCUCCCUUCUCUGAAAUCCUUCAAAAAAGAGAAGACUCUUGGCAGGGUGGGGGAGUCAGUAGCUCAACACUAGACAUCCCUAGAGAUGGGACAAGUUUCCGUCUGCACACGUCUUGGGUCCGAGUCCUUAGGUGUUCGGAUGCAAUACUUUGUGAAUAGUGAAGCUACUGCAUGCUUGGUGUAGCUUGCAAUUUCUCUGUAUUUAAAAGCAGCUGUGUUUAUUUUCUUCAAAAUAGCCUGUAUAUUAUUCAGAGCAAGCAGUGUAAAUAUUACUGAGAAGUUACUGCAGGGAUUUUUGUGACAAAGUUUGUAUGGGUUUUUUAAAAAAAUCUUAGACACCCCUUUUUAAGAUGGGGAGAACAGGGUUGACUGCACCGUUGAACCCCGCCCAGCAUUAUAAGGAAAUGUUUUUAAUGACUGCUGCAUCUUUGUAAACAUUUGGUCAUCUAACAGAUGGUUUUAAAGUAUACAAUAUCUAAAAUAACGAUAGCCCUGUAUCCAUACAUUGUUUCAUUGAAAUAAUUCUGUAUUGCCUGUUCUUGGUAGAGCCAGAGUCCUCAAGGAAAAUCAGGUAAAUGAAGAAAAUGAUGGCGCCAUCUUAACCAGACUUCUGCACAGUAAUUUAAGGCUGUCAUAGGGAGACUUGGUUCAAGGCACAGUUCUGGGAUCGGGGCCUAAAUGUGCAGUUUCUGAGAACCUUCAAGACCACUCACUGGGCAGGGCUCUGUGUGGAGCACCAGAGCUGUUUGGAUUCCCCAGCCCUUUGGUCAUACCCUAGAAUUCCAUGGAGGCUGCAGAACUUCAAUGCAGCUGUUUUUUACAACACAUAUUUUUGUCAGAUUGGUAAGGAAACACUGAGUCACAGAAUACUUAAGAAAUGGAGACUCCAGUACUGUAGGAUGGCCUGGGAGGAUGCCCAAGUCCCAAGGGGAGGACACAGCAUGUUCCUUGGGCACGGCCUCAGUGGGGGCCUUCCCCAGGCGCAGCUUGGCCACCUGAGGAAAGGGUGUUUCGGAGGCGCAGCCACACACACACACACACACACACACACAGCGCUUGCAGCCUCACAGUCACGCCCGUCACUCCCUGCCCCUCACCCCCCUCGAGAAGUUAGUGGUGUCACAUACUUAAUUUUAUAGACAGCUAGGAAUAGAUUGUGAAGAACACUCAGUUCACUGCUGUGUUAUGUUUAUAUCACAAGCUUCAAUUAAAAUGGAUUUUAAAGGAUUUUAGGAUUUACUUUUAGCAUUAACCACUUAUCUACUGACAUACUGUUAGGAUUCAAAACCAGUUAAGUGUAAGAAUUACUUCAUGUGGUUUUCCUAGGGUGAUAUUUAUAAAAGGUAGAAAGCAUCCAAGUGGCUCCUCAGUAAUUAUAAUUCUUAAUGAUUUUUCUCACAACUGUGCCCUUCUGUCAAGGUCAAUGUCUCAAUUCAUUAUCAAAGACAAAACAUACUGUGCCAAGCUGGGGCACUGUAUGUGAACAAAGUGGAAAUGCUUCAGUCACCUCUGCCGCAGCUUGUGAUUCCAGCAGUUCUGAUAAGCGUUCUGUCACAUGAUAAGCAGCUCAUAUAAUUCCAACUGGCAUUUCAUUUCUGUCCUAAUGCUAAAUGGUAACGCUUAACAGACUAAAAGCCAUGUGCAGAAGAAAGGGCUGAAUGAGUACCACCUCCCCAGGUUCCAGCGCAGCGCUCAGCUCUGAGAAGUAGAGCCCUGGAGUCGGGUGGGCCAUCCACUGUCAGGCCAAUGUCUCAAGAAAGCCUGACUAGCUGAGCUGCUGCUCUCUUUUUUGUGGGGGGACUUUUGAGGCUUUUUUUUUUUUUUUUUACAAAGUUUGUGAUCAACUAUUCACUACAAUUGAAGUGUUACUUUGUCAGAAUAUUUAUUCCUUUGUGUGACAUGCUAGAUUCCCUGGAUGUAGCUGAUCAUUUUUAUUUUGUAAAUAUUACCUAACUUUACAUAAACUAUAUCAUAAUAAACUAUUUUUGCAUCACCCUU